UAAUCUACACCUUUCUUCAUUGAACAGCUUUUUUUCUGUACUACAAACAAUCUCUGUAAUUUUUCUUUCUUAAUUUUUUCUGUACUACACAAAGAUAUAUAAUAUGGCCAACGAGUCCAUGAAACCUGCUGCCACUUUGCUUUUGCUUCUCAACUUCUGCAUGUAUGCUGUGCUUUUGGGCAUUGGUGGUUGGGCUAUGAAUCGUGCAAUUGAUCAUGGUUUUAUCAUUGGUCCAGGAUUACAGCUACCAGCACAUUUUUCACCCAUUUACUUCCCAAUGGGAAAUGCUGCAACUGGAUUUUUUGUGAUGUUUGCUUUAAUAGCUGGAGUUGUGGGUGCUGCCUCAUGCAUAUCAGGCUUCAUCCAUCUCCGUGCAUGGAGCCGUGAAACCACACCCGCUACAGUCACAGUUGCUACUAUUGCUUGGACUCUAACUCUCUUGGCUAUGGGCUUCGGGUGCAAGGAAAUCCAGCUACAUUACAGAAACGCCCGACUAGUGGCAAUGGAAGCAUUCAGCAUAAUCCUUUCAGUCACGCAGCUCUUAUACAUUGCAGUACUUUAUGGACCAUCUGCCUAAAUUAUUUAAUUUGUACUACACUUUUUUUUAAUUUAUUUUCAUUUUUUAUUAUUUGGAGUGGGAAAGGAAUUGUUCUGAAAUUUGAUUGAUUUUGUUGCUAUGUAAAGUGUGGUUAAUUUAUAUGAUUUAUUUGAGUACAAAACAUUGAAUAAAUUUGAAAGACAUCACUGCAAUUUUAUGCUUGUUUA